AUUCGUUAUAUGUUCAUUUUCCCCCUGAUUUGGUUUUGAUUGCUGCGUAUUUUCUCCGAGUUGGUUUCGCAUUUGGCCUUCACAAUUGAAGCUUUCAAGUUUCAACAGAACCCCUUCCCACAGAUAAAUCUAACUGAAUAAAAAAACUAUAGCUUUGUGAAUCUCUCUCUCUCUCUCGUUGUGCGCCAUCUUUCAUUUUCUCGUUUGUCUCCCAAGAACUCUUCAGCCUAUAUAUUUGCUCAUUUGAUUUUUGUUAAUUUUCUUAGUUUCUGACUAAAAUUCUGAUUAUAGGUGAGCGGGUACGAUCGUACGAGAGUGUACUGUAGUGGAUUGAGGUUGGGGAAAGGAAGAUUCACCUGACCAUUAUGUUUGGGACGGCGAUUAGGUAUAUGGCAAAGAAGCCCAAACCCAAGAUGAAACCGAUUGAGCUCAAAACGCCGCCAGAGCAAACGCAGACCAUAACCAGGGUCAUCUUUGACAUCGUCAAGGAGCAUGGUCCUCUCACCAUCGCAGAUACCUGGGAUCAUGUUAAGGAAGUUGGUUUGAGAGGUUUGACGAGCAAAAGGCACAUGAAAAUAGUGUUAAGAUGGAUGAGAGAAAGGCAGAAGCUGAGGCAAAUAUGCAACCAUGUAGGGCCUAACAAGCAAUUUCUAUACACAACUUGGUUCACAAAGCCCAACAUCAAGCAGGCAAAAACAGUUCAUGAUUCCUCACAACAAAAGUUCCCUUAAAUUUCAAGCUUGCUCAUGAAAUCCUAUUUGCUACAAUAAUUGAUGUAGAAUCACAGGCUAAGUGCCACAGCAAAGAAGUCCUGAGUGUAAUUUUCUCUCAUUCCUAUGUAUAUACUGGCUUUGUUUGAGACUCAUCUUCGUUUGGGCCUCUUCUUAUCCAAAUUUAAGAUUCUGGAUUAUGUUUCUGAAGU